GAGAACUAUCGUUCCCAGCACGCUCCUCGUCACUGCGCAUGCGCAGUGUCCAUUCGAGCGUCCAUCUUGGCACCAGUUUCUUCCAGCUCCUCACAGUACAAGGGAGGCAGAGACUACAAUUCCUAGCGUACUUCGCGGUGCCCGCGCAUGCGCAGCGCGCUCGUCCGCCAUCUUGGCCCGAGUAAACGCCGUCGCCGCCGCCGCCACUAAACAAACCCGAGCCCGGCACUGGCGAGCGGCGGGGGGCAGGGUGCGGCUGCCGCGGAGUCUUCGAUGUGCUGGGCACGGCCGGGCAGCGAGGCUGAGCCCUGUGGGAGCACAGACACAAGGGAAGGAUGCCUGUGGUGUGGCCUACUCUUCUGGACCUCAGCAGGGAUGAGUGCAAGAGGAUCCUUCGCAAACUGGAGCUGGAGGCCUAUGCAGGUGUCAUCAGUGCCUUACGUGCACAGGGAGACCUUACAAAAGAGAAGAAGGAUCUUCUUGGAGAACUGUCUAAAGUGCUUAGUAUUUCAACAGAGCGACAUCGCGCUGAAGUUCGGAGAGCAGUGAAUGAUGAACGACUAACAACGAUUGCACACAAUAUGUCAGGGCCAAACAGCUCUUCUGAGUGGUCCAUAGAAGGUCGUCGGCUGGUGCCGCUGAUGCCGCGGCUCGUGCCACAAACAGCUUUCACUGUCACCGCCAACGCUGUUGCCAACGCAGCCAUCCAGCACAAUGCAUCUCUGCCAGUUCCUGCAGAAACUGGAAACAAAGAAGUGGUGGUUUGCUAUUCCUACACAAGUACCACUUCAACCCCAACAUCUACCCCUGUUCCAAGUGGCAGUGUAGCGACAGUGAAGUCCCCCAGACCUGCCAGUCCAGCCUCCAAUGUAGUCGUCUUGCCAAGUGGAAGUACUGUUUACGUCAAAAGUGUCAGCUGCUCAGAUGACGAUGAAAAGCCCCGCAAAAGACGGCGAACGAAUUCCUCUAGUUCUUCCCCUGUUCUCCUGAAAGAAGUCCCGAAGGCAGUGACUCCUGUCACUAAAACUAUCACAGUGCCUGUCAUAAUAGUAACCACCUCUCCAAGCUCAACUUUUGUACCCAACAUCCUUUCCAAGUCCCACAACUAUGCAGCAGUUACAAAACUUGUCCCAACAUCAGUCAUUGCCUCAACUACUCAAAAGCAGCCCGUGGUCAUCACUGCUUCCCAGUCCUCUGUGGGCAGCAGCAGCAGCAGCUGCUCCACUCCCUCCUGCACUGCAAAUACCAUUGCUGUGACUGCUGUAGUGUCAUCCACACCAUCAGUGGUUAUGUCAACAGUAGCACAAGGUGUAUCUACAUCAGCAGUUAAAGUUGCCUCGACCAGACUACCUUCCCCAAAAGGUUUGGUUGGGAAUCCAACUCAGAUCUUAGCACAGUUUCCCAAACAGCAUCAGCAAUCUCCCAAACAGCAGCUGCACCAAGUCCAGCAGGCCCAGCAGCAGCAGCAGCCACAGCAGCAGCUGGUGCCGUGUUCUGCAGCCCAGCAGCAGCCACAGCAGUCUCAGCUGCCAGCUGGCAUCAAGCCCACCAUUCAGAUCAAGCAGGAAUCAGGUGUUAAAAUAAUCACUCAACAGGUGCAGCCCAGUAAAAUCCUUCCCAAACCAGUUACAGCGACCUUGCCCAGCAGUAGCAAUUCACCCAUUAUGGUGGUUAGCAGUAAUGGGACUAUCAUGACAACUAAACUGGUCACUACUCCCACUGGAACUCAAGCAACUUAUACACGGCCAACAGUGAGCCCCUCUCUGGGAGCUCGGAUGGCUGGAACUCCAGGGGCUGCUACUUAUGUGAAAACUACAAGUGGCAGCAUCAUUACUGUAGUACCAAAAUCCCUGGCUACUCUAGGAGGAAAGAUCAUCAGCAGUAAUAUUGUUUCUGGAACUACGACCAAAAUUACGACAAUUCCAAUGACAUCGAAACCCAAUGUGAUUGUUGUGCAAAAAACUACUGGGAAAGGAACUACAAUUCAAGGGCUUCCGGGCAAAAAUGUGGUCACAACACUGCUGAAUGCUGGGGGGGAGAAAACUAUUCAGGCAGUGCCAGCAGGAGCAAAACCUGCUAUCAUCACUGCCACAAGACCCAUCACAAAAAUGAUUGUUACACAGCCAAAAGGAAUAGGGUCCACGGUCCAGCCAGCCACCAAAAUCAUCCCAACUAAAAUUGUUUAUGGUCAACAAGGGAAAACACAGGUCCUCAUAAAACCAAAGCCAGUGACAUUUCAAGCAACAGUUGUGAGUGAACAAACCAGACAGCUGGUGACUGAAACGUUACAGCAGGCUUCAAGGGUAGCAGAGACAGGAAACUCAUCUCUCCCAGAAGUGAAAGAAGAACCACAAACCUACACUGACAGUAGUUCUUCUUCUACAGAGUCUUCCCAGAGCUCUCAAGAUUCUCAGCCUGUAGUCCAUGUGAUUGCUUCAAGAAGUCAAGAUUGGUCAGAACAUGAAAUUCCUGUGGACACAAACCCUACAAUAAUUUACCAGGAUGUAUCCAGUGAAUCUCAGUCAGCUACUUCCACAAUAAAAGCUUUGCUGGAACUUCAGCAGACAACAGCAGUGAAGGAAAAGUUGGAAUCAAAGCCAAGGCAGCCUACCAUUGACUUGAGCCAAAUGGCUGUUCCAAUCCAGAUGACUCAAGAAAAGAGGCAUUCUCCAGAAAGUCCUUCAAUUGCUGUUGUAGAGUCAGAACUAGUGGCUGAAUAUAUCACAACUGACUCAGGAAGACAACACUGUAUUGGUUCACAUUCGGAAGAAUAUCUACACAACCAUAUAGUCAGUCAUCGGUCCCAGCCCCACCAGUCAUCUCAGCCCCAGAGGACUCUGGUGCAGCACGUGGCUCAGUCCCAGACAGCAACGCAGACUUCUGUUGUGGUGAAAUCUAUUCCUGCAUCCUCCACUGGCGCCAUUACCCAUAUCAUGCAGCAGGCCUUAAGCAGUCACACUGCAUUUACCAAACACAGUGAACAACUUGGAACUGAGGAGGGAGAAGUGGAAGAGAUGGACACCUUAGAUCCUCAGACUGGCCUGUUUUACAGAUCUGCCCUGACACAAUCGCAGGCACAAAAGCAGCAAAAACUGAGUCAGCCACAGCUGGAACAGACUCAACUGCAAGUGAAAACUCUGCAGUGUUUCCAGACUAAGCAGAAGCAGACAAUCCACCUGCAGGCUGAUCAAAUCCAGCACAAACUCCCACAAAUGCCCCAACUUUCCAUAAGGCAUCAAAAGCUAACCCCCCUGCAGCAAGAGCAAGCACAGACCAAACCAGAUGCACAGCACCCCCCACAUCAUAUGAUGGCCAAAGAAAGGCAACUCCCUACCUUAGUGGCACAGCCACAGCAAACUGUAGUACAGGUGCUUGCAGUAAAAACCACGCAGCAGCUGCCCAAACUGCAACAGGCACCAACGGCACAAAAAAUCUACGUGCAACCCCAGCCCCCCCAGAGUCAAAUGCCGCUACCUGCCUCUUCAGAGAAACAGCCAGCAAGCCAGGCAUCCACGGAGACAUCAGUAGCAGAUAUAUUGAGAGUGUCUAUGGUGGAAGCUCAGAUUGAUGCAAACAUAGAGCACACGGUAGUGGAUCCCCCAAACAAGGCCACGUCCACUAGUGCAGCUGCUAGUGAAGCAGAGUCGUCACCUUGUACCCAGGGCCCGAGGGUGGCUGCAGUAGGGAUGACGGCACCUUCCAUCCCCCAGCAACAGACACAUACAGAAUCCAGCUCAAGUCCUCCUGCUGUUGGUCCUACUUUAACAGAGAGGAAGCUCGAGGCACGAGGAAUACCUACAACAAACCAGUUUAUACACAUUCAGAAUAUAUCACAAAAGAAAGCUGAAGAGAGCUCUUCGGAAAUUGUUGUCCAGACUAUCCCUCACUAUCCCAUCCCUUGUCACUCCAGCUCCAAUGUGGUGGUGGAACCGAGUGGGCUCCUGGAGCUCAACAACUUCACCAGUCAGCGCCUUGAUGAUGAGGAGACAGCAAUGGAGCAAGAUGUGGACAGCAGCACUGAGGAUGGCACUGAGCCCAGCCCCUCUCAAAGUUCUCUUGAGCAAUCCUAAGGAAUAGAGACACUGGAGUGUACUUUAAAAUAUCUUGGGAUUUUUGAGCAUCCAAGAUGCCCUUCUAUUGUGAUGUCUUAGAGCACUUUGCCUAUUAGAAUUGUUCAUUGGACUCUUGAAGCAUCAGUAGGUUUUAACAAGACAGUAUUGCAAAAGCUGAAUCUUAAAAAUUGUUUUGGGAAAAAAAAGAAGAGAAGAUGUAGGUACCAAGAUUUAGUAACCUGUGACAGUGGAAUGUACUCCUGUUCAGAAACAAAUCUGUAAUGAAUCCUACAGCUUGUGCUAUUGAAGCCCUUGCCCAGAUACUGAAACAGCUUUAAGUGAAAAGGGAUCAUUAUUUUGCUGUGUCUUUUUAGUUGUUGAACAAAACACCAUUAAAAAAAAAAAUUAAUAAAUAUUUUUAUUUUCAAAUAGCAUGUGAGAGAAAAAAUGUCUCUGACAGUGCUGGAAAAGCCCCAGGAAUUUUGGAAUUGGUUGGCUUUCUUGCACUCAUGCUCACUUAAAAAUUUUUUUCAGAAGCUUAAAAUAUUUUUUUUAAAUUCUUGUUGAUGAAUGUUUGGAAAUAAACAAAACUGCUGACUGGUAGCAAAGUGGAUUUGCUAGUGGAAUUUUGUUUUCAUGCUUUACAAGAAGUAAGGUAAUAGUAGAUGAGGCAUUUCUGCCAUAAGCGUACAAAAUGCUCAUCUACUCUAGUUAACCUUUGAUUAUUUAUUUAAACAUGAAAUUUAAAGUGAGACAAGUUGUUGAAAAAGUUCCUGUGAAACAGGCAGUUGUAUUAAUUCUAGUACAAACCAGGGAGAAGGAGGUGCAUUUUGCUAUAAUCAGUUUUUCAAAAUUGGGGAUAAAUAGUUCAACAUCUUUCCAAGUUGAACUUGGGAAUUUAGAAGUGAGCCAAGACUUCUAAAAAUCUAUAUUUUACUCUUACAUGCUGUUUUUAAAAUUGACCAUUUGGGGAGUUGAAAAGCUUAAAUGGGUGUACAAUGGUGGGUUUCCAAAAUUAGCCUUAUGCCUUGGCUUGUUGAAGCAAUACAUUGGGGUUUUGUGGUAGUUACAAGUCACAGAGAGCGGUUUGGGUUCAGAUGGGACAAGAGAACCAGUUUUAAUACAUUCUGGUAAUUGAGACAAUACUUUUUUUUGUUUUCGAAAUGUAUAUAAAACCAUGUUUUUAACUGUUUUGUAUAGAUUUCAUUAUAAAUAACUAAGCAUUUUAUGACUUUGACAUCAUUUAAUUGUAUAUAAAUGUAUAAGCCUAACUGCCCACGUUUUGGUGCUGAAGUACUGUAAGUAGAUUUCAUCCAAAAUCUAAUACAGCUUUUUGCGUCAGUCUUUUCUUUUUAAAUUGUCAUUUAAUGUUGAUAUUGUAGUGUAGGUUGAAUUCCAGUUGAAGUAACUCAAACUGAAAAAUACAGACCCUAAAAACCA